UCAAGAGUUUAUCCCACACUCACCAUCUACCUGUUGAAUAUUUACACCGUCGAGUCACUGUCGAAGAACAAAGUCAAACCUCGGCUGCGGGCAGGUGAGGAAAGGAAAAGUGUUCGCGGAAGGAAGGAAGGAAGGAAGGAAGAAGAAACUCAGGAAAGCUCGGAGGAAAGAAGGAAGUAAAUAGGACAACACGACCGUUGGGCUUGGGACUCAACAGGUACUUCAAUGUUAUAGCAGCGGCUCGGACUUUUUGUUUUUACACGGAGAAAAACAAACGAAAACAGCGAGGAAAAUGCCGUUGGGACCGUGGAAGAAGAAAAACAAGUCGACGAAAGAGCAAUUGGUGGACAACGAGGAGGUCAGCGGCGGACACGCAGGUGCCGGGAGCUUGGGUAAAUCCGCCGUGAACGGAGCGGGGCUCCCGCCUCCACCUGCCAGCCUGCGGCCCAAACUGGUCUUCCACACGCAGCUGGCGCACGGAAGCCCGACCGGCAGGAUCGAGGGAUUUACCAACGUCAAGGAGCUGUACGCAAAAAUAGCAGAGGCGUUUAAUAUAAGCCCACCUGAGAUCCUGUUCUGCACCCUGAACACCCACAAGAUUGACAUGGACAAGCUGCUGGGGGGCCAGAUCGGCCUCGAGGAUUUCAUCUUCGCCCACAUUAAAGGGAUCAAGAAGGAAGUGGAAGUUCAUAAAUCUGAAGAUGCGCUCGGCCUCACCAUCACCGACAAUGGAGCGGGCUACGCUUUCAUAAAGCGUAUUAAGGAGGGCAGCGUUGUGGACGGGGUGAAGGUGAUCUGCGUGGGCGACCACAUAGAGUGCAUUAACGGACGUAACAUCGUCGGGACGCGGCAUUAUGAGGUCGCCCGCAUGCUUAAAGAUCUGCCCAGAGACAGACCUUUCACCCUCAAACUGGUGGAGCCGAUGAAGGCUUUUGAAAUGCUUGAGCCCAGGUCAAAGGGUGCCAAACCUGCCAGCGACAACAAGAUCGGCACAGGGAGGGGGACUCUGAGACUUCGCUCCAAGGGCCCAGCUACUGUGGAGGAUGAGCCAACAGAAUUUGAGGAGAAGGCAGUGAAGAAAGUGGACGACCUCCUGGAGAGCUACAUGGGCAUCAGAGACACCGAACUUGCUGCUACGAUGGUCGAGGUCGGCCGUGACAAGAAGAACCCGGACGAAUUCGCCAUGGCGUUAGACGAGACCCUCGGAGACUUCGCUUUUCCGGAUGAGUUUGUAUUUGACGUCUGGGGUGCCAUCGGAGACGCCAAGCAGGGAAGAUUUUAAGUUUGCACCUGCUCCCCCAAACACACACAUCCACACACACACACACACACACACACACACACACACACACACACACACACACACACACACACACCCACCCUCUCCACCCUCUCCAAGCCGACUGGACAAACUUCAACCAGUACAAACAGGGGUGGGUGAAGUGCUCCUUCCUCCCUUCACUUUGUUGUUAGGUGCAGCUUUGCACUCGGAUGGAGAGUCUUUAAGUCAAGUUGAGUCAGGUGGGUCUACAUAAGGAAUUUCACAUGUCAGGGUUUUGGUGUAAUCUUGUAAAGAUAUCCAUGAAAUGUGGAAUGCAGUUUCCAACACUGGAACUGCCUCCUACAUGUUGAAACUUUUGUACCCCACCUUGGAGGCAGGGUAGCUCUAAAUGCAUCUAAAGCUCAUGAUACUGUUCUUCUGUCAGAACAGAUAAACUAGUCGACAGUGGUCUAUUACACUGGUUAUAAAUGGUACGUGCACAACCUUAAAUUUUAAAACAAUCACUCAGUUCUAAUCACACUUUAUAGCUGUGUAAUUUUGAGUAUACAGACGUAUAACACAGCUUUUUAUAGGCUUUUUUUUUAUAUGUGAAAAUGCUGCUGAUUUUACAGCAGCAGCAUUAUGUAAUUAUAGUGAUCGUAGCAAUAUUUCUCUCUCAAGCAACCUUUUUAUUUCCCUCCCAUCUUUUAAAAUCUUUUAAAUGACCUCAUGGUUUAAGAAAAAAAAAAAAGUCAGAGCUUUGACCACGCUCACUCUGCUAAUGUUUGUUUACUUUGUGAUUUUCUUUUCUCUGUGCCCUUAAACAUCUCAGCUUGAGCCUUGCGUCCAUCUUCCAGAGACUGAGCAAUACAGAGAAAAGAGGGUUUAUCUUUUUAAAUGCCUUUUAUCCAAGUUUGACGACACAUUCCACCAACAUUCCUUAUGUUUCUCUUGCAGUUAAAGUCUGUUAGCACUGAUAACAAGUCACGAAAUGAGGCAGAUUUAGAGAGGCAUGCUAAUUUUAUUUUUUCCCUGUAAUUUAUUUUAUCAUGAAAAAUCAUAUGCUGCAUGACAUUUUAUACGCCGAGACAUGGCUCCACAUGAAAGCCAUUCUGGAGGCAGUGUCUGGAAUGGGAUCAAUUGCAAUCCAAUGUCUUAACUGAAUGCACUCGCAUUAAUGUAACUGCACUAUUUAAAUCACUGUCAAACUGAAUUUAAAUAGUGACUCCAUUAGUGUCAUCUACUGAUGUUAACUGUUCACAGCAGUUGCAUAUUGUUUGACAAACCAUAAGGGAUCACUAUUGUUCGAUAGACAAUAAAAUUUGAUAUACUGUUAUAUUCA